AUACAUGUACUAUUCAUGAACAUAUUACAGGUAGCAUAAAGCAUGAACACAACAUAUAUUGAAGGUAGACAUUUCUUAAAAAACAAAAAAAAAACAAAAAUGAUCCCUAGAGUAAAUGAAAAGCGAAGUUCUGUAUGCACAUUAAGGCUAACAGUUAUUCAGUGCUCAAACCAAACUCUAUGGCAGCAUCAGUCGUCUUAGUAAUCUAUCAACGAUUUUACUACAUAAUACUAUAUGAAUAUGUAAUCUUAUUUGUAUAAUUUCAUGUUUUACGCAUAUAUUUUACUCAAUUUUACUUUCUUGUAUAGAAUUAAAUACAUAUACUACCUGUCGCAUCCACCCAUAGAUUUCGUUGGAAUCUCUAAAUUACAAGUGGGUUAGGGCCAACUGAGCCAUAUAUUUUGGUUCUUCUGUUGCGAUGAGAACCAGGGGCAUUUUCCACGAGAACCACCUGAUCAAAAUAAAUACGUGAUAGCCGGUGCACUUGUCUUGAGUAAUUAAUGCCUAUUUAACGUUUCAUAGAUACCUCCAGUUGUCCAUCUUUCUUCCGAGAGGCGAAUAUCCCUCGGAUUCCACACUCGAUUUCCCGUUGAUAUCAAGAAUCUAAUAGUCACAAUAUAUCAUUAGGUUUUCCACACAUGAACAUGAAUCCACGAUAGGUGCUCAUCGAAUCGGUCCCUUAGAGGAAACUCCAACCGUUUGGGUUCACGUAAGAACAGAAGUUCUUGAAAUCCCUGGCCGUUGAACAACAGGAAAAUACGUCUGUUACAUAUCUUCGCUCCUGGAAUUGUUGCAACAACAUUGUGCCGGAAAACCCACAUCCCAAGCUUGGUGUUGUCUGAAGAGAAGUUAGUCGCAAAGUUGCUUUUACUCUGUGAACACGGACAUUUUAAUUACUGCGUAGUAUUCGACGUUCAAUUAAACCGGCGUUCGGUAUAAAGCAUUUUCAAUACCAGAAUGUCCCAAGAAAAUAUUCAGAUGUCAGAGGAAAAAGUAAAAAUGCCUGAAGUUCAAGCCAUCCAGAUUCCAAUGGAAAACUUCAGGUCCGACCGCGACGACCGCUACUGCACGACGCGGGUGGUCGUGAAGCUGUUCGUCCUGGGCGUCCUCCUCCUCGCCGUCGCGCUCGCCGGCUUCCUGGCGUCGGCCACCUACUGCCGGGGCAACUACGAGAACACCUGCCUCUUCCAGGCCAGGGCGGCGUCCAGUAUUGGCGUCGCUGCUAUCUCGGCCGGAGGCUUCUUCAUCAUACUCGCCGCGGUGGGACAUUGCACACGGUGUUGCUGCAAAUCAUCGUAGAUAUAAUUUUAUUUACAAAAUCUGUGGUAGCUUUGUGACGUGUUUUUGUUAUGAAUGUUAUGAUAAAGACAAGACGUGUUUGUUUGUUUUAAGUAAACGUUAGAAAAAUGAAAA